AUGCGUCGCGCAUAUCGUCGCGUCCUAACGCUUCGGACCACAUCCUCUCGAAGACACACCGCCUCCUUGUCAUCGUCUUCUUCAUCGCAUUCUUCUUCUUCGUCCUCGUCGUCCUCGCGCUUCCACACUGCUGCGUAUGUAGCCAUUGGCGGGGGCGCUGCAAUGGCUGUCGUGGCCGCCUACAAUGGCGUAGCGCCGCACGAGUGGGUCGUCGGACAGCUGGCGGGGCCCCUACUGCCUGUCCUUCGGCGGUUCGACCCCGAAGUGUCGCACCAGAUGGCAGUGCAGUGCGCGCGCGUGGGUCUGACGCCACGGGACCGGGAGGCAGACCCCGAGCUGCUGCACGUCAAAGUACUGGGUCUUGAGUUCACGAACCCACUGGGGAUCGCUGCGGGCUUUGACAAGGACGGAGAGGCCAUGCAGGGCAUGUUGGACAUGGGCUUUGGCUGUGUCGAGGUCGGCAGUGUCACGCCCGAGCCACAGCCGGGGAACGCCCGCCCGCGAGUCUUUCGCUUGUGCGAGGACAGGGGCGUGAUCAACCGCUACGGCUUCAACAGCAAAGGCCUCGAGUACGUUGGCGCUCGUCUGGCCGACUACACGAGUUCUCGAGCAAAGCGUCGAGCGCAGAGCAGUAGCAAACAUCGUACAGGUGUAGUGGGUGUCAAUCUAGGAAAGAACAAGACGACAGAGGACGCUGCGGCCGACUACGUGCGCGGUGUGCACGCGCUCGGUCGGUACGCCGACUAUUUGGUGGUCAAUGUGUCGUCGCCCAACACACCGGGUCUGCGUGCGCUGCAGGGACGUACUGAGCUGCGAAGUCUCCUUGUGCGUGUGCUGGGGGCUCGAAACGAAGUCGCUGCGUCGGAACGGCGCGAGAUUCCGCUGCUCGUGAAGAUUGCGCCAGACCUGACGGACGAAGACAAGCAGGACAUUGCGAGAGUCGCGCUUGACCUGCAGUUAGAUGGUCUCGUGGUGUCCAACACAACGCUGAGUCGACCCGAUACCUUACAAGGGGCUGCCAAGGGCGAGGCGGGUGGGCUGAGCGGCUUACCUGUGCGGGACCUGUCUACGAAGGUGCUGGGAGACAUGUACAAACUGACCGAGGGUCGAGUCCCGCUCAUUGGCGUUGGAGGUGUCUCGACUGGCCAGGAUGCGUACGACAAGAUUCGAGCUGGAGCUUCGCUCGUGCAGAUGUACUCGUGUCUGAUCUACGACGGUCCGCUGGCUGUUCCACGGGCUAAGAAAGAGCUGGCUGCGCUGUUACGUCGCGACGGCUACGAGAGCGUAGUCGAUGCUGUUGGUGCUGCCCACCAGUAG